CAUUAAAGCCCAUUACAAAGCCCGAAUCUUACUCUAAAAACUCACCCCUCUCACCCAGACUCCACCUUCCCCUCUUCCGCUUCCUCACUUCUUCACACAUUGGGAUUUGAGAUUUUCAAAGUCUCCUCCUUUCUUAUUUAAAUCCCAAAUCUGAAGGUGACCCAUUAUUAGGGUUCCCCAGAGUUGCAGAUCCAAUCUCAGCCUCUAAAAGUAUGGCGCUUUCCGACGGUGUGGUGAAGAAGGUCCUCCUCUCCUACGCCUACGUCGCCAUAUGGAUCUUCCUCAGCUUCACCGUCAUCGUCUACAACAAGUACAUCCUCGACCGCAAGCUCUACAAUUGGCCCUUCCCAAUUUCCCUCACCAUGAUCCACAUGGCCUUCUGCUCCUCCCUCGCCUACCUCCUCGUCAAGGUCUUCAAGCUCGUCGAGCCCGUCUCCAUGUCAAGGGACCUCUACCUCAAGUCCGUCGUCCCCAUCGGAGCUCUGUACGCUCUGUCCCUCUGGUUCUCCAACUCCGCUUACAUCUUUCUCUCAGUCUCUUUCAUUCAGAUGCUCAAGGCUCUAAUGCCCGUGGCCGUCUACUCGAUCGGGAUUCUCAUCAAGAAGGACCCUUUCAAAUCGGAUACCAUGGUCAACAUGCUCUCGAUCUCGUUCGGCGUCGCGGUUGCGGCUUACGGCGAGGCGAAAUUCAACUCGUGGGGAGUGAGCCUGCAGCUACUGGCGGUGGGUUUCGAGGCCACGAGGUUGGUUCUGAUUCAGAUCUUGCUUAAUGCUAAGGGUAUUAGCUUGAAUCCGAUUACUUCUCUUUAUUAUGUUGCCCCCUGUUGCUUUGCGUUUCUGUGCAUUCCUUGGAUCAUUGUGGAGUUCCCCGUGUUGAAGGAGACUUCGAGUUUCCACUUUGAUUUCGUCAUUUUCGGGAUGAAUUCCCUCUGUGCGUUUGCGUUGAACCUGGCUGUGUUUCUGCUGGUGGGGAAGACUUCGGCUUUGACCAUGAAUGUUGCCGGGGUUGUGAAAGAUUGGCUCUUGAUUGCGUUUUCGUGGUCGGUUAUCAAGGAUACCGUGACGCCAAUCAACCUGAUUGGGUAUCUGAUUGCGUUUAUCGGUGUGGCCUAUUACAAUCAUGCCAAAUUGCAGGCGCUUAAGGCCGCCGAGGCGCAGAAGAAGGCUCAGCAGGACAAUGUGGAGGCCGGGAAGCUGUUGGAGGAGAGAGAUGAGGAUGGAAAGAAGAACGAAACUCAGGAUUGAGCUUCGUUUUCUAAUUGGUAGCUCCAUCAUUGUAUUGCCGGAAAGAAGGAUCGAGGAUUAUUAGAUCCAGGAGAAUUGAGAAAGAGCAAUGGCAAAACAAUGUACCAAGUGGGGUGUUGGUUAUUUAGACUCACUUAGCAGCUUAUUGUUUUGGGUAUGUGGUGUUAGAUGUUUAUGUGUUACUCUUCAUUUUCAGUCAUUUUCACUUUACAGUUGAUAGUUCGACUUAGCUGUGGUCAAGAUCGAGUCAUUGGGGGUGUCUGAUGUUGAUCAUGGUCGUGCCUUGUGGCAAUUUAUCAUUGUGAUUAGGAGGUUAUAAAUGUUUUUGAGAUUCUUAUUGAAUUCAGGGAGAGGAUAUGAACUUAUUGUAUCUUUAUAUUCUAUCUGAGUUACGUUCCCCUAGUAUUCUACGUA